AUGAGUGAUCCAUCAAAUUCCCAGAAAAGAUCUCGCGAAGCAGAAGAACAGCCCGCUAGAAAACAGGCACGCCAUACCAAUACAUUACAGGAACCCACGAUUUUUGGUGUAAAACCAUUGGAUGACAUUGUGCGUUACAUUGGUGACUUUAUAUGGGACCAUUGCGCAAGAGAAAACGUUGAAAUCGAAGCAAAGUUAGGCGUGUUUGUCGAUAAACGAACGCACCGUCGGAUAGACAUUGGUGCAAAAACAGAAACUGUUUUAACUGACUGUAGAUCAGUGCGCUUCGAAUCGGAUAUGCCUUUAGAACAGCACAGGCACUUCAACAAGAUGUUGAACGAUCUCGUAAAUAAAACGCAAGCACGAGAUUAUAAAGGUGAACGUAUUAGAUACAAGCAUACAAAGGAAACAGAUCGGUUUUACGAAGGGGGACGGUCAAGGAUUCGUGUCACAACAGAUCAGCAAACAGGACAGAUUGUCCCCAACGGCAUCAUUGAAAAGAUUCGUAUAGCCGAUCUUAACAUUCAUUCUCCCAUGCAACCACUGGAUUAUAGGAUAUCUAUCAAUAUUGAAAUGCCUCGUAAUAAACCUACAAACAUGCCUAAUUAUGAACGUAAUAAGGAUCGCUUAUCGUAUCAACAUGGCGGUUUCAAUUUCGAUCUGACCCAAGUAAAAGGCGCUCCGAACAAGGACGAAGACAUGCGACACGAAUUGGAGCUGGAGUUCAUCGAUGCGAAAUCUUUGGCAACUGAAAAACAGAAAAUGGAAAGGAGAGAAGCAUCGCACUAUUUACAAAUGGUGGAAAGCUUUGUGAACAAUAUCCGUCUACUAAGCCAAAACGCUCAACGUCUAGCAUAG